AUGUCUUCAGGUCAAGACCUUUGCGCCGUCCCAGUGGGGACAGCACCCGAUGGAACCUGGGACUUUGUUCACUUCCAGUCAUUGACAACAGCAAGCAUUGCGGUCUGUGUAGUGAUGACAGUUCUGGCCCUCCUCAUCGCUGUGCCUAGGGUUUACGUCAAUCGCCGGCGUCUCCUCAUAGCUGACUAUUGUACCAUCCUUGCACUUGUUUUCAGCAUCGCAUACCUGGUGCUUAUCUCACUUAUGGCCCGCUUUUACAGACAUGAUUGGAACCUUCCGGCCUGCUGGUUUGACGCCAGUUUUGCCAAGCUGCAAUUUUGUCUUGUCUUCUUCUCGGGCCUCGUGCAAUUCUUCCCGAGGGCGUCCAUUUUCCUGCUGUACCGACAGCUUUUCCAGGUUCACGGUUCUUGGGUCCACAUCGCAAUUUGGGUCGGUCUGGUCGGCACAUUCCUGACGAAUGCUCCCAACAUCCCCAUAUCAAUCGCUAUCGAAGCACCACAUCCCGGUGAGACCUGGGAAGACGUGUUGGUGAGACUAAGCAGACCUUCCAACGGGCACGACUUUCGCCUGUGGGGUCCCAUCCAAGGCGCGGCUUCUGUAGCACUUGACAUCUUCGCCUUCGUUCUUCCACUGCCCAUCAUCGCCAAGCUCAAUCUUGCCCCCAGGAAGAGAAAACAGCUGCUUUUCCUGUUCUCCACGGCGCUUUUAGGUGUCGCAGCAAGUAUAGUAGCACUGGUCUACAAGGUACAAUUACUGAUAAAAGAAAACGAAAAUCAAGGCGACGAAACGUGGCUUCUCGGCCCCGUGAACAUUUGCAUCGACGUCGAAUCCAACAUUGCCAUUAUUGUCGGCUCCAUGCCUGCUUUUGCCAACUUCAUGAGGAUUCACGUGGCUGAAUCACGCGUCUUCAUGAGUUUAUGGUCCAAAUUGGGCGGCAGUGAUCCAUCGGCGCCGGCAUCGUCCAAUAACGGGAACCAGCGGCGCCCUCUACAUGGCACGAUUGGCUCGCCAUUGCCCCGAAAGAAGGUCAAACCAACGUACUUGGAACUCACGGAUACCAAUAUCCUCAAAUCUGGGUAUACGAUUGAGGGCGGGGAGGGCCUGGCGACGACAACAACUGAGUCGGGUCAGCCAGGGAUUCUUCGGACUACGGCAGUCACACAAGAGUCGCACUUUCCUCGCUCUACGGAUAGUCUGGUCCGAAACUGA